UUCUUCUCAUCGUGCCAUUUCGUCUGGAUCCUUCGGGCGCCUCCGUUGUGGAGGCUGGAGAAGAAGUCCUGUUUGGGCGAUAUACCUGCCUAAACGGGAAGGUCUUCUAUUGGAGGUCAGGUCAAUGUCGAGAAGACACGGCGGGAUACGAACUUGCCCGCCGCCUGUAUAUAAGUGUGAUCCCUGCGAGAGACAUCCUCAAGACGUCUUUCUCUCUUUCUCUCACCUUCUCUAUUCUAGGUUUCGUUUUAAUACUCGUCAACAACAGCAACUACUCAAGACUUAUCCCAACAUGCGCAGUCCUAUCAUCGCCUUUUCCAUAGUAGCUGCAGCUGCCGUCAGCCCUAGUCUUGUCUCAGCCGCCCCUGCGUCCCCUAAUCUAGCUUCUGGACUUGCUCCUGCGGUGCCUCACACUCCUCAACUUGCCACUCGCCAGCUCGAUGUCGUGAAUGGAGAAUCUCGUGCUCCCCAUACACACAAGCAGCACGCUCGCGUAGACGACAGUCAAACUGCAGGCGGUAACGCCUUCACUGGUUCCAGUAGCGAUGUCAACGGCGGUUCUAUUUACAACGAAUCCGAGGAUAAUACGGAUACCAUCACGAAUACCGCGUCAAAUACCUCCGGUUCUGGUGGAGCUACUUUCACAGGAGAUGCCGACGGUGGUAACGGUGGUGGUCGUGGCUCGGGCGGUAAUGCAUACACUGGGCCGGCAGGAAAUGCAAAUGGUGGUGACAUUGCCAACUAUGGGACCAGUAACAUCGCCAAUGGGGCGGGCAGCAACACUGUUGGGAAUGGUGGGUUCACCACUAGCGGUACCGCGACUGGGGGUGACGCCGGAGAUUUCGUACCUAGAAAGCGAGAUAUCGACAACGCUGGUGGAGCUGCAGGAACUGGCGGUCAGGCCACGUCUGGAGAUGCAGAAGGUGGCCGUGGUGGCCUGAACGGCGGAGGAGGUAAUGCAUACUCUGGUUCGGUAGGUACCGCCAAUGGCGGUAAUAUAGACCAGGGUGACGUUAACCCUUUCAACAACGGUGGCGGAAACGGUGGUGGAAAUGGUGGUGGAAACGGCGGUGGAAAUGGUGGUGGAAACGGUCCCCCUUUUGGCGGUAACGGUGGCGCUCCCGUUGGUCCUCCGGGUCCUGCUGGUGCCCCUCCUCCGCCUGGUGCCCCAAAUGGCCCCGCGCCUCCUCCACCUUCAAUCCAGCGUCUUAACGGAGGAGGCAACGCGUUCACCGGUUCCGCUGGAGAUGCCCAGGGUGGUCAUGUCACGAACGUUGCAGAAGACGGUGAGAAUAUCAAUAAUACUCCGGGCAUCAAUGGAGGAGGAGGUGGUUUCUCGACCACCGGUGACGCGACAGGUGGAGACGCGUUGUAGUUGGUUGACAGCUUGCAUGUCGUACUGUUUGUCACAAUCUACACCCGCUAGUCAUUCGUUCAGAAAUUUUCGUCGCCAGUCCGACUGCUAGUACUUGGACUGCAUUGCAAAUGUA